CAAUAAUGAUCUUUCUUAAACAAACACGCGUGCUUGUUUUUAUAACAACAUGGAUUUUUAUAGUGACCCAAACAUCAUGUAGCUUGAACCUCGGGCUCAUAUCCGGAGACCACAGACGUCUGACCAGCCCAAUAGUAAUCAAGAAGGUUUUGAGACAUUCACCAAUCACGAUAAAUGUUAAUACCGUUAAAUCUCCCUUAAAAUUGACAUCUCCAUUAACUUCACCGAAGCUUCCUUCAGAGCUUUUCCCAUUAAAAUCGAAAUUAAGACCUUUAACUAAAUUGAAACCAAUUAAAUCGAAAUUAAUUAAAAUUCCAAAAGUUCCUAAAAUACCAAAACUACCAAAGUUACCUCUUUUACCUUUACCUUUACUACCAAUAUUGCCUCCAUUACCAUUACUACCUUUGCCCAUUUUACCACGUUUACCAAAACCUUUGAAAAUUUCUACAUUAAAAAGAAAAACUGCUCUUGAAAAGGCAUUGGGAACUAAUAUAAAGCCUGUGAUAAAAAUUCCAUCGAAAUUGAAUAAGAAUAUUUUAAAAACGUUGUUAGAUUUGAAGAAAAGAGGUUCAUUAACCACUGCCGAAUUUUUAAGGUUUAAGAAAUUGUUGGUGAAAUAACUUAAGGAAUAUUCUUUAUUACUUUGUUUUU